CCAGUGGCUCCAUGGAUUCCUGCAUCAUGGUCUGGCACAUGAAGCCGCAGACACGUGCCUAUCGCUACACAGGACACAAGGACGCCGUCACCUGUGUCAACUACUCUCCCUCGGGACACCUGCUCGCCUCUGGCUCCCGGGACAAGACUGUCCGCAUCUGGGUACCCAAUGUCAAAGGCGAGUCCACCGUGUUCCGUGCCCACACAGGCACCGUGAGGAGCGUCCACUUCUGCAGUGAUGGCCAGUCCCUGGUGACCGCCUCUGAUGACAAGACCAUCAAGGUGUGGUCGACUCAUCGCCAGAAGUUUCUGUUCUCCUUGAGUCAGCACAUUAACUGGGUGCGCUGUGCCCGGUUCUCCCCCGAUGGGCGACUCAUUGUGUCCGCCAGCGACGACAAGACGGUCAAGCUGUGGGAUAAGACAAGCCGCGAGUGUGUCUACUCGUACUGUGAGCACAGUGGCUUUGUCACCUACGUGGACUUCCACCCUAGUGGCUCGUGCAUUGCUGCCGCUGGCAUGGACAAUACGGUGAAGGUGUGGGAUGUACGGACUCAUCGCCUCUUGCAGCACUACCAGUUGCACAGCGCCCCUGUGAAUUCCCUCUCCUUCCACCCAUCUGGAAACUACCUGGUCACGGCCUCGAGCGACUCCACACUGAAGAUCCUGGACCUCAUGGAAGGCCGCCUGCUUUACACACUUCAUGGGCACCAGGGCCCAGCCAACUGUGUUGCCUUCUCGAGAACAGGGGAAUAUUUUGCUUCUGGAGGUUCUGACGAACAAGUGAUGGUUUGGAAGAGUAACUUUGAUGUCAAUUUUGGAGAAGUCACGAAAGUGAAGAAGCCCCCAGCCAUGCUUGGCGGCACCUCCAGGAAUCUGCCAGAAACAGAUAUCGCUGUGGCAGCAGGCAGGAGCACCAGUCAGGAGUCAAUGCAGAGCCAGCCCCAGGAGCCUGUGAGCGUGCCGCAGACGCUGACCAGCACCCUGGAGCACAUCGUGGGCCAGCUGGAUGUCCUCACCCAGACAGUGUCCAUCCUCGAGCAACGGCUGACGCUGACGGAAGACAAGCUGAAGCAGUGCUUGGAGAACCAGCAGCUAAUCAUGCAGGGAACCACACCGUGAUCAAGGGAACAAGC